CACUACAUGUCCCAAAUGCCUCGUCCCCCGAAGCGCCCCCCUGCGGCCAGGUCAACACAGCAGCAGUACCCAUCUACUGCGUACAUCCACUCUUACGAGGCAUCUCUGACGUGCCCAGAGUCCAGCUCACAGACAGAAACAGGAGGAUUGAUCAGGUAUGCGGGCGAGGUGCAGGGUGAUUAUGAGAUCUGGGCAGACAGACAUGAUAUAAUACAUCUUUUGCCCUCACUGCCAAACACAACUUCCCUAGUUUCCCCGCCUUCGCCUACCCUGUCCUCAUCCUCGUCGUCAUGGUCACUUCCUUCUGAUACUGAAGAAAUCUGGUACCUGUCUGAUCCAGAGGAGAUUGAGGUUUACAAAAAUGAAAAGAAGAAAAAGUGGAUGGAGGCUUUGAGGCAGGAGAGGUUGAGGGAGAGGGAAAGAGAGGAUCUGGAGGCUGGGAAGGUCGAAAAGGCUGGGCAUGUAGAUGGGAGAUGGGAUCCUGACGAAGAGCCUCCGACUCAGAUCCGCACACUCAUGUCACAUACUGCAACCUCCAUUUUUUCUUCUCCGAAUCCUUCCCUUCUCGAGAUGCGCAUUCUCACCCACCAUUCUACCGACGAGCGCUUUGCGUUUCUAAGGGGCAGGUGGAGGAAUGCAUGGGAAAAGGUAAAAGGGAAUAUUAAAGGGGAGAAGGAGAAUAAGAGAAGGUUAGAAGAGAAGGAGAGAGGUCUAGGAGGGUUGGGGGGAUAUGAAAGUGAUAGUGAAGAAAGUGGAGAGGAGGAAGAGCCAUCUAUUCCGCCAGAAGACGACGGUAUCCCGCCGCCGCCACCAGACGUAGACGAUACAGUACCACCACCGCCACCGCUACCUGUGGAAGAGAGCGAGUCAGGAACCUUUCCUCCUCCCCAACCGCAGCCUUCUACGGAAGAAGAUCAAGAAGAGGAGAAAAAGCGGCAGCGGAGAUUAAGGGUCGAAGAGUGGAAAAAGCAACGAGUAUCAGGAUGAGAAUUUCCAUGAAUAGACAUGCGAUGGAGAGGUUCUACAUGCUCACUUUGGUCCCUAUAAGAAUGAAAAUGUAC